GAGCCUGAGAUUGUUUUUCUUGCCUAGGAGACUUAAGGAGAGCCAAAUCUCUUGCCUGCUGCCCGAGGCUGCGGGGCAACUUCACCAUAUUCAGACCCCACACACCUGCCAUGCUUUGUGCAUGGGUUUUAACUAGAGAUGGGCUUGAGACAAAAUGCCUGAUCCAAACACCCCAAACUCUGGGUUAGGUCAGACCAAGUGUUGCAGUUAUCCCUGAAGUCAGUGGAUUCUGGCCCCUGUCAUGUGACAAGGAUAUUAACCUUUGUGACUUUGAUCCAGGUCAGGAGGCUGGGGCUGAGAAAUAAAAUUGUGUGUCACCCCUUUAUUACCUCCAGGCCCCCGCCCCACCCCAAGCUUUAAUACCAGUCAACAUUUUGCUACAUAUACCGAGAUUUCCAUCUGAGGUUCUCAAAACACCUUAUAAGGGGCUCUUUAAUUCAAUUUCUGUACUCCACCUCGGCAAAUGGAGUAGCGCUUCAAUCAAGAUCGCAAUCCCAGGUUAAAGGUAUUGUGGACGCAAUUCAACAUUAUUGGCCUCCGGGAGCUAUCCCAGGAUGCUCCCUUGUGACCGCUCUAGUUAACACUCUCAACUCUGGGCAGGAAAAGCCCCAGGAACUUUUGAAUUUCAUUUCCUGUUUGGUCACCAGCAGCACUGGUGACCAUCAGCACAGUCCACCAUCAUAGGCGACCAUGCAGAAUCCACCAUCACAGGAGAUCACCCAGUCCUGGAUUCGCAGACGAGCUCCAGCAUGGUCCAAACGAGAAGUACUGGAUCUCAUUGCAUGCUGGGGAGAUGAGUCUGUUAUGGCAGAACUACGUUCCAAAAGAAGGAACGCAAAUACCUAUGCUAAAGUCUCCAGGGCCAUGACGGAAAGAGGCUACUCCAGGGACACAGAGCAGUGUCGUACAAAAAUCAAGGAGCUCAGGCAAGCGUACCAAAAAGCCAGGGAGGCAAACGGGCGCUCUGGGUCACAGCCCCAUACAUUCCGCUUUUACCAUGAGCUCCACGCAAUUAUGGGGGGUGAUGCCACCACUACCCCACCACUGUCCAUAGACACCUGCAAGAGGGGAGUGGCACGGAGUGAGGAGGAAGAGACACUGGAGGACGAAGAGGAGGAGGAAGAGGAAGGGGUGCAAAUGUUUCAACUCAGCCCCUAUCUACUCCAUCCCAGAGGCUGGUCCAGGUUAGAAGGUGGAAAAAAUGAACUCGGGAGGACAUGUUUGCUGAGCUCAUGCAGUCCUCCUGCACUGAUAGGGCCCAGCUGAAUGCAUGGAGUCAAACAAUUGCGGAGUCCCGUAAAGCAUUACAGGAACACGAAGA